AUGCAAGCAGACGCUCCGCCUAACGUCGAGGUAAAGCUCCUCCUCAUCUCUCGACAUUGUCAGGGCAAGCAUAACGCAAUGUAUGAGGAAUACAUCUCCGAAGGUCACGGUUUCAGCGCGUCCGAGUACAAGAUGGAGGAGCAAAGGAUCGCCAGACAUCAGCCGCUGUUCGACCCAUGCCUGUCUCCGAAAGGUCGUGCCCAAGCUACCGAACUGGCCUCGAUUAUACACCAUGAAAUGGCGAGAGGCAUGCCGCAGCCUAUGCACUUUGUCAGUCCUGCUCGGAGGGCGGUGGAGACAUGGGCAGCGGUAUGGGGUGGAGCAGCGGCAGGCAUGGCGGGGGAAAACAUUAUCGCUCGUUCCACGGCCACGGUCAUUGAGGGAUUGCGUGGGAAGAUCCAUGUCCACCUCUGCAACGCUCGUCGCCCGAUCUCAGUGCUUCGCGCCGAAUACCCCCAACUGAUCAUACCGCUAGGAACGGCCGAGAAUGAUCCUUGGUGGCAGCCAGUUCACGACUGUCACUACGAACUCUCGGAUGAAAACACCAUCCUCCGAGCUCUUCAAGCGAGAGAUGCGAGGGAGGAAUACAGAGCAGGAGUUGUACGACAGGGCGGAGGCGGCUCUCGAGCAGAUUAUGAAGCUCAGCAGAGGCGUACAAAUUAUCAGCAUCACAGCCCACUCCUACAGCGCUAA